AUGGUGUCUGAAAAACCAACCAAAGACAAGAGCAAGGUGCACAAGCUGUCGCUCAAAGGCAGCGCCAGGCUCGUCGCCGAAUUCUUCCAAUAUUCUAUUCAUACGAUUCUGUUCCAGCGAGGCGUAUACCCAGCAGAAGACUUUACUGCUGUCAAGAAAUAUGGUCUCAAUAUGUUGGUCUCGUCGGACGACCAAGUAAAAGCUUAUAUCAAGAAAAUCAUGUCCCAGCUCGACAAGUGGAUGGUGGGCGGCAAGAUUUCGCGUCUCGUCAUCGUCAUCACAGACAAGGAUACCGGAGAGCACGUUGAACGCUGGCAGUUCAGCGUGGACAUUACCGCCGCACCCAAGCGAUCCAAGUCUGCCGCAGCCGCAGCCGCCACCGAUCAAGAGAACGCCGCGGGUGCUGCCGCUGCCCCCGCGCCCGAGCCUGAAAAGACGGAACAGGAGAUCCAAGCCGAAAUCGCCGCCAUUUUCCGCCAAAUCACCGCGUCCGUCACCUUCUUGCCGCAGCUGACCGGCGACUGCACCUUCAACGUGCUCGUGUAUGCCGACGCCGACAGCGACGUGCCUGUCGAGUGGGGGGACUCGGAUGCCAAGGAGAUUGAGAAUGGCGAGCGCGUGCAGCUGCGUGGAUUCAGCACGGCAAAUCACCGCGUGGACACGCUGGUCAGCUAUCGGUUGGGCGACUAG